AUGACAACCGACAGACCAAAACCACCCGCAAAACCCCAACCCUCAGAACCCCGAAACCACCUCCAUGUCGACCCCUGGCAGUCAGCCUCAACAGGGCACCAGCGCGCAGCCGAAGGCGGCGGUUUCCUCGGCUCAACAUCUUGGCGAAAUGCGCGCUCGGCGAAAUUGACCAGGCAGUAUCGAAGUGGGGAUUGUCUUCCAGGGCGGGGAAAGGGAUUGGGAAUGGGACUGGUACUGGGAGGUGGAGUGCGGAAUACAGCAACGCAAGAGUCCACGCUCGUACCCGGUGCCUUCGAUGGGAAAUGCGCGACACAGUCGCCGCCUAAAAUACCCGCUUCCGGUGAAUGGGCGAUGGUAGCUGGGGAUGUGGCGAGGCGGAAUGAACUCGGUGUUCGGGAUAUUCGAUCGUUUAUGGGUGUUAGCAAGAGGAAGGCUGUCGAUGAGCCUGAGAAGGAUACCAAGGCGGAAACGAAGAAGAUUAAGAGUGUUGUUGGAGGGAACCGGAGUCUGAGUCCGGCUCGAGAUGCGAAGGAAAUGGACAAGCAAAAGGAAAAGGAAGAGGAAAAGCCUCAAAUAGAAGACACCCCCCAACCCGAAUCCCGCUCUGACGCCAGCCUCGAUCUGAAAUCCACUUCGCGUAUCUUCGCCGGCGUUACGAUCUUCAUCAAUGGCUCUACUCUCCCCCAGAUCUCGGAGUACAAACUCAAACACCUACUCGCGUCGAACGGAGCCAAGACUUCUAUCUACAUAGCUCGGAAGACGGUGACGCAUGUUCUCGUCGGACAACCCAAUACCGGGGCUGCGAGUGGAACAGCUGUGUCUGGUGCAGGAGGAGGCCUUGCUGCGAGUAAGCUCCAGCAGGAAAUUGCCCGUGGGGGUUGGAAAUGUGUGAAGGUUGUUAGUGUGGACUGGGCUCUCGAGAGUAUCAAAGCUGGACGUCGUCUUGCGGAGUCCCGGUUUCCUGGUAUGUAUGUUGCGGCUAAGGGGCAGCGGAGUGUUGCUGGGAUGUUUGGUGUACAGGGGGUGAAGAAGUAA